AUGUCCGAGGACUUUGAAGAAUCAUUUCGAGUGAAGAAAGUUGGCGAAUGGAAAUGGGAAGGUGUCCAUCCUUUAAAGCUUCCCCUUCGGCUCGCAAGAGGAGUUUAUGGUGGCCACACAGUUGCGCAGACCCUUCUUGUCGGAAUAGAAUCUGCUCCUGGCUACAUUCCAAAUUCGUUCCACUCGUACUUUAUUGGUCCUGGUGACAGUACGGUACCCAUGCAAUACUUUGUGACCGAAUUGCAUACUGGAAAAAACUUUGCCAGUCGGUAUAUCAAGGUGGUUCAAAAGGGCACUGUGCGGUUAAAUUGUCUUGUUUCUUUGACGAAAAAGGGUGCUAAACCGGGUCCAGAUACUCAGGUUGCUCCACCAAAACUCUUGGAUACCACAGACCCUGAUACUUUGGAACAAGUGGUCCAUACAACCUAUAUUCGAAAUGCUUAUCCUCCCGAAUUUGUGGACAAGUCUCUUGCCCAAGAUGAGUUGAAAAUUCCUGCUUCAGAAAGAUGGAUUACUCUCUUCCACAAGAUUGAGCAGGAUCACGAGUUUAAAGAUCCCAAAUUCAAUUUUAUUGGACUAGCAGACUUGAGUGAUUCGGUGAUUCUCACCACUUUGGCCCGUGCUCUUCACAUGCCAUGGAACUCCACAGUCAACAAUAAACGCCGAGAGUACGACGAGGAAAAAGAUGCCAGAAAGCUCAUGCCCAUAUCGUUGAAUAUGAUGCAUAUUUACCACUACAAUGCCAUGUCCAUGGACCAUCACAUCUAUUUCCACACUGACGAUUACGAAAACGGGUUCGAUUUGAUAAACAAUUGGCUAACUUUUCACUAUCAAUUUAGGGUCCACUCCAAUAACCGAACUUUGGUAAGAGUUUAUGCUUACAACCGAGAGGGGACUUGUGUAGCAACCAUUAUCCAAGAAGGGUUGACCUACCUACAAGAUGGUGUCUCUGAUAACGCCAAGAUAUGA